AUGGCGACUCCACCUGAAUCUCCCGUGGAGGAGCACGCGUAUGAAUUGGAGCCGAGUAGGACUCCGAAACCAGUUCCAGUUGCCUUGGAGGAGCUGUGCCGGCAGACCAAGUUUUCGAAACAGGAGAUUCGCGUCAUGUAUAGAGGUUUUAAAACGGAGUGUCCAGAAGGCGUCGUCCAAGAAGAAUCGUUCAAGGACAUCUACGCGAAGUUCUUUCCUCAUGGAAAUUCAGCGCUUUACGCCCACUACGUGUUCAAAGCGUUUGAUGUCAACUGCAGUGGUGCUAUCAGUUUCAGACAAACUCGAGGUCCAGGUAAUCCGUGUACUCGUUUACCACCAUACCUCAUAAAAAAACAAGCAUCUAAAAUCCCACAUAUAUCCGAGAUGCCCAAAGCUAACUUGGCUUCCAGCCAGUCUGAAGCUGCCAACGGCUUUCUGAUUGCGCGACGUCGCCGCGACGCGUACGCUGCACUUGAACAAGAAUCCCGAUGUGACUUGAAACUAGUUGAGCUUUUUUCAGUGUGGGAGAGCCAUGCUACGGCACGAAUGGAUCGGCUCGACCGGAGUGAUACCACGGCCUCACAGAAAACCGGCGCUGGCAAACGAGCAGACGGAUUAUCAGCGCCGCUCAUGGACAUCCGCAACGGAGGAGUUACGAGUUACGGACCUGUUAGGGAUUGGGGGAGGGGAAGGAUUGGGCCUACGGAACUCCUAGUGACUCUUUCCACCUUGCUUCGUGGGUCUGUCUACGAGCGCCUCCGUUGGGCCUUCCGUCUGUACGACGUCGAUGGUGAUGGAGCGAUCACCAGGCAGGAGUUGGCGGAGGUAGUGGUGGCUGUUCAUGAGCUGCUUGGCAGACGGGCUCCACCAGGAUCUCCGGCGGCUAGGCUUGAUGAUGCUAAGGCUAACGAACAGGUGGAUCGUGUAUUCAGGAAGCUAGAUCUGAACCAGGAUGGCGUGAUUACGAUUGAGGAGUUUCUGGAGUCUUGUCUCAAAGAUGACGUUAUAACCAGGUCGCUGCAGAUGUUUGACACCGCCCUAUGA